GAGAAAAUAGAAGCAAACAGUUGUUGUUGAAUUCGUUUCAAGGGAAGUUUUUAACACUGAACUUGAUUUGAAUAUUUAACGGUAAAAAUUCAAGAGAGAGAGAUAAAUAAAAAAUUAAAUAUGUUUUGUUAUAAGAAAACAUGGUGACAACAAUUAAAAUAACUUGUGAUGGUGUAUUCAUCCAAAGCAAUUCAUAUUUAAACACACCAGCAGCAGCAACCACAACGUCAACGAGAGGUGAAACAUCAAAUGUAACAUCAUCAACAAGAACUAUCGAAACUGCAAGCAAGAACGUUAGUGGUCGUAGAAAAGCUUUGGCUAAACAUACGGAUAACUAUAACAAACAAAAAGAAGAAGAUAAUAAUAAUAAUAAUAAUAAUGGUGAUGAUGACGAUGAUGAUCAUGAUGAUAAGAAAUUGAAAGAUUCUUAUGAAAAUAUUAUAAAAGCUAAUAAAACAUUGGCAAAUAGUUCGUCUAAGAAAUUUGUGAACACAAAUCGUGUUGUUAAUAGGGUGCCGGCAUCCAAUAAAACGGAUACACGUAGGCGUUAUUAUUUCGGUAGUAAUAAUAUUUAUUGGUGCAAACAAUCUUGCACUGGCCUAAAUGCCUGUAAAAGUGAUACGCCUUUGAAAAGGAAUCAUCAAACAAACCUAACGCGUAGUGUCAGUUCUGUUACACAUAAAGAGUUGCAAAAUGCGAAUUAUAAGUCAGCUGCAAAUCGUAGACGCUACAACAAACUAGCUAACUACAAUAGCUUUAUGCCAAUAAGUCAAAAAAAAUCGAAUCCACUUAAGGAAUUCUAUCUUAUCAAUAGAUAUACCUCAGUGCAACCUAGUAGUGAUAAUGUUAAAUUAGGAACGAACACAUUACCGGAUAAUUCGAAGAGUGUACCCGGCUCAUCAACUUUGUUCUUCGAUUCCGGUAUUUAUGUGAAUACCAACUACAAAAGUAAUCUAAAAUCUACGACAAGUGAUAAAAAAUUUUUAAGUUUCCUAAGAUCCGCUCGUAAGUUAUAUCGAAAUAGUUCACAUGAAAUAAAAUUGACUGAUAAAGUGGUGGAGGAUGCUACCGAUUCGGUAUUAAAUAAUAAUAGCAAUAACAAAUCUUUGCCAAAUAAAAUUUCUCAGCAAAAUGAUAUCAAGAAGGAUGAUGUAAAAACCAAAGCUACAUAUAUUUUCGGUGGUAAUGGGUGUGAAAAUGCUUUGAAUAGCGUUAACUCAUCAUCGACAAAAAACGACUUCAAUGAGAUCUGGUUCGAUGAGGCAACAACAACAACAACUACAGAUAUCGAGAAAGAGAAUAAGAAAUCUCUUAAUAAUUUGAAAUUUUGUUCACUUAAUGCUGACGAGAAAUCGAAAGAGGUUUGCUUGGAGGAAAAUACAAAUACCGAAAAUUAUCUUACAAGUCCACAAAGGACACGUUCCCCCGAAAUUGUGACUGAAAAUAGUAACAACUUAAAUAAAGUUAAGGCAUCAAGUGACGUCACAUCUACAACAAAUACAUUAACGCAGGGUUCUAACGCUGCGGAUCCAACACGUUCCAACAAAAGCGUUAUGAACAGUCACGUAACUGCCGCACAAAACGGACAAACAACUGUUGUUGGUCAUCAUCGUGGUUUCUCGCAACCUUCUGUCGCAGUGGCAGCCAGUACGGCUGGCGAUCCAUGGUUUUUACAAUCAACUGGGCAUCAAAUGCCGCCUACAGCACCCCUACGUCACAAUAAACGUCCUGCGCCACAACCUCAAACCACCGGCGGCUCUGUGGCUGUAAAUGUUGCCACCAGUAAUCCUAACAAUAUAUUGAUUAAUGCCACCAGCACCAACAUAGCUUUGCAGCAACAGUUAAGCCAAUCCCAACCUCACAUUGUGGCGCCACCAACAAAUCUCUCCACCCACCAUCACAAUAAUGUGAAUCAACAUCAUCAUCAUAAUGCUAUCUCGCAUGCUAUAAGUAGUCAUAAUUUAAUAACAAAUGCCGGUGGUCUAAUAACUUCCAAUCAUUCGCCGAAAUCACCAAAUCAGCAACUGCAACAACAACAACAGCAGCAGCAGCAGCUGCAGCACGUUAAUCAUAUAAUGUCCACAUUUUCUCCAAUUGGUACGACAAUACCAGCGGGAACCACAACAGCUGUGGUCGGUGUUAGCCAACAACAGCAGCAGCAGCAACAGCACCAACAACAACAACAGCAACAGCAACAUUUACAACAUCUGCUUACAGCAACAGCAAGCAAUUGCAACAACAAUCUAAUGUCUUCGUCAUUAAACGCUGCGCACAGUGCUCUCUCUUUGCACGAGCGAGGCUUACCGCCCAAGAGCAUAGGGCUGACAAGCAAUGCGGGCGGUGGUAGCAAUAUGUUAUUACAUACCCAACAACCACAUCCUAACCAACUUCAACAUCAAAGUCAAACGUUAACGUUGGCGGUUAAUGCACCAGCAAAUAACGCCACAAUAAUGUCAACAUCUUUACAUAACUUUGAUGUCAAUGGUGGCGGUGCAGCGAACGCUACGCAAACUUGGACAAAUUCAUCGUUAUCACCUACGACCGGUGUAGCACCAAAUCAUAUAGUGGCCGCCAUGCACGGUCAACAGCAAUUGCAGAAAAAGUGUGAAGUUAAACUGAACGCUAUGCCUUGGUUCCACGGUAGCAUUACUCGUGAUGAGGCAGAACAUUUGCUGCAACCACGUGAAGAUGGUUUAUUUCUGGUGCGUGAAUCGACAAAUUUUCCAGGCGAUUACACCCUAUGUGUUUGUUUCCAAGGUAAAGUGGAGCAUUAUCGCGUCAAAUAUUUAGAAAACAAACUAACAAUUGACGAUGAAGAGUACUUUGAAAAUUUAGGACAACUAGUAGCGCAUUACGAAGCGGACGCUGAUGGCCUAUGCACUCAGCUUAUUAAAUGUUUACCGAAAGAAGGUAAACAAGAGUUUUGCAUCAACUCAAAGGAUUUCAUUGAUAAAGGCUGGGUGAUACCGGAAGCUGACUUACAGUUGCGCGAGAGCAUAGGAAAAGGAGAAUUUGGGGACGUGAUGUUGGGCAUCUUACGUAAUGAAAAAGUCGCCGUUAAAAUGUUAAAAGAUGAAGGAGCUGUGCAAAAAUUCUUAGCAGAAGCUUCUGUAAUGACCACUUUGGAACACGAGAACCUAGUAAAGUUCAUCGGUUUAGUUUUCACCAGCAAACAUCUUUAUCUGGUUACCGAAUACAUGAGCAAAGGAUCGCUGGUUGAUUAUCUUAGAUCGCGGGGACGACAGCACAUAACAAAGAAAGACCAAAUUAAUUUUGCUUACGACACUGCCUCGGGUAUGGAAUAUUUGGAAGCGAAAAAAGUGGUGCAUCGCGAUUUAGCGGCCCGCAAUGUUUUAAUAUCUGAAGAAUGCGUAGCAAAGGUAUCUGAUUUUGGCUUAGCGCGCGAAGAAUGUUAUAAUCUAGAUGUGGGCAAAUUGCCUAUCAAAUGGACUGCACCCGAAGCUUUAAAGAAUAGUCGUUUCUCCAAUAAAUCUGAUAUGUGGAGUUUUGGCAUUUUAUUAUGGGAAAUCUAUUCAUUUGGUCGUGUUCCUUAUCCAAGAAUUCCGUUAGCUGAUGUCGUUAAGCAUGUAGAAGUAGGCUACAAAAUGGAGGCACCUGAAGGUUGUCCUCCGGAAAUCUAUGAAAUGAUGCGACAAGCAUGGGACUUAAAUCCAGCAAAACGACCUACAUUUGCCGAUUUAAAAGUGAAAUUAUUAUACAUGAAAAAUGCCACUGCGUGAAGUAUAGAGAUAUAGAAUGAAAAAUGGGCAAACAAUUUGCAGCUAUAUAAAAACAACAACAACAAAAAAAGGAAUAACACCAAUAACAGCUAUCAAUUCCACCCUAAAUAUACAGCAGCUAUUAUUAACAUUAUUAUAUUUUAUAUAAUAGUUUAAUUGAAAA